AUGAAGCCAAUACCAUUGUCUCAUACCCAGAAGUGGAAGCCAAUACCCCCACUACUUCCGGAACGGCAGCCAUCUAUAACAUUUUCUGAUAUGCCCCUCGAUCUAAAAUACCAGAUUAUCGAAAGUUGUGAUGCUGUCUCUUUCCUUUCUCUUUCGAAAACCUGUAAAUUGUUCCACGAAGCACUCACUUGUCAGUAUGGUAAGACUAUUUACCUCAAACUUCUUAUGCGCGGAAUGUGUAAGCAGUCGUGGUUAAUUUAUAAAAUCCAAAAAAUUCGAGAGAAACAACGUAAAUGGGAAGAGGAGCAGGAACGGGAGAGACAGUUUCUAUAUCGACAUUUAUUGGCACCGGGAGCCGACGUAUUUUUUGAUCAAAUGCUACCGGAAAAAAUAUUUCCUGCUCGAGAAAUCCUUAGAAACUAUAAGAUAUCUGCAGAAUGCCCAGUGGCUCUGAGCAAGGAGCUAUAUAAAAUACAAGAGACCGCUCAAUAUUUCACGAAACUCUUUCGGUCCUCAAGCUUCGAUAUCAGCGAGCCACAGGUAUGGCUCAACAAAGAGAGGAACCUAUGGGACCCGGCAUUGCCUCCAUUAUCGGUCCUGAGCGACGAAGACCUCGAUGAGGCCUUUUACGAAUUUUGGCUGGUUUUGAUGUUAUUCAAACAUCCAUGCCUCGUUCGACGCUGGAGGCUUUAUUUGGAGGGUGACGAUCGCAUCUGGCUUUCAGAAUGCAAAGCCAUAUUUGGCUAUAAGAUAACUUACGAUAAAGCAAAGGAAAUGAAGCUAACGACAAUACGGAUAUUUGUGGAGAAGUUGGUCAGGGACUUCGUGUCAUCCUGUCAUGAAUUUGCACACUCUAAAAGUCCAUGUUCGGGGCUUUUAGAUAUCGAUACCGGCCCAUUUUAUAUUACACCGCACUCAAACUGCCUAUAUUUACCGUGCAGUCAAGAUAUGGAGAACUAUCACCUGUAUAUUAAGGCAUUUAUGCUCCGAUAUAGUUUACCAGGAAUAAUGCUUUUCUUGAAAGAUGAGAUUUUGAGUGGCUACCAUACGCUUAAACAUGAUGCAGAGACCUUUCUAGAAGAUGAGAGACGGAAGGGCAGAGGUGCGCAAUGGGAACAUUUGACUAGGAGCUAA